GUCAGUCAGGCCGAGGGGGCGGCGCGGCCGCCAGGGGGGGGCGCUGAGCUCAGAGCUGCCGCAGCGCCGGAGCCGGAGCGCGCGAGCGGGCAGGGCGCAAGGCGCGAGCGGUGUGGCUGGCGACGCACCCCAGGCCAGGGCUUUGCUGCGCCCCGGCUCAGGGCCGGCGCCCCCGCCUGCUGCAGACCCACCUGAGCGCCUGCAUCCCCCAUCGCUCCCCUAACCCACCCCAGCCGGGCCGAGCCAAGCCCCCCAGGGUGUACCCGCUGCAGCCGCUGCCGCAGCCGCUUCCUCCAUCCCACCAGCCCGGCCCCGAAUCCAGACCGCCAGGAUGGACGUGUUCAUGAAGGGCCUGUCCAUGGCCAAGGAGGGCGUCGUGGCCGCCGCGGAGAAAACCAAGCAGGGGGUCACCGAGGCAGCGGAGAAGACCAAGGAGGGCGUCCUCUACGUCGGAAGCAAGACCAGAGAGGGCGUGGUACAGGGCGUGGCCUCAGUGGCUGAGAAAACCAAGGAGCAGGCGUCACAUCUGGGGGGAGCCGUGUUUUCCGGGGCGGGCAACAUCGCGGCAGCCACAGGCCUGGUGAAGAAGGAGGAAUUCCCGACCGAUCUGAAGCCUGAGGAGGUGGCCCAGGAAGCUGGCGAGGAGCCUCUGAUUGAGCCCAUGAUGGAGCCAGAAGGGGAGAGCUAUGACGAGGCGCCCCAGGAGGAGUAUCAGGAGUAUGAGCCAGAGGCGUAAGGGCCCAGGACGGCGCCCCCACCAGCAGCACAAUCCUUCCCCGGUCCCCUACCCCGCCCCCCAAAACCCAAAAGCCAGGGCUGUCCUUCAACCACACACACACACACACGCACACGCACACGCACACAUGCGCGCGCACACACGCACACGCACACAUGCGCGCGCACACACGCACACAUACACUAUACAUACACUCUCUCUCACUCACUCUCGAGAUCUUCCUUUGCUCCGGGGCGGCCCCCUCGGAGCCUGUGUUUGUGUCUGUACAUCCGUCUGUCCUCCCAAGCCCGUGUCCAGCCGUGGGGCGCGGCCAGGGCCGGGGCUGUAGCCGCGGCAUCCCCCUCAAUCUCGACGUAGCCCCCGCCCGCCCCUCGCGUCCAGCGUCUGCGCGGAUGUAGCAUGUUCUCUGUGUUUUUAAACCAAGAUCGGAUAAGCGACAGCUUCCCAUGGCCCACCCUCGACGGAGACUCCGAGGGGCUCCCGGAGCAGCCCCAGAGCUCCUCUCCCACCCACCCCCCAUUCCAGUCCCACCACUUCGACCCCAAGAACCCUCUUUCCUCCCCCCACCCUCCCCCGCCCCUUUACCACCAAAACCCGGAGACAGGCUGUGCCACGCCCCCUCCCCCAGCCGGCCGGGUCCAAGCGCGGGCGUUGUGUGUCGUGAUUGUGGCAUGGAGAGUCCCCCCCCAUCCCGUUGUGUGAGCGUGUCCCGGGUGGGCGGGCCCGGCCGCCCCCCGCGUGUCCAUGAAUAAAGCCAAUCUGUCUGUA